AUGAAGUCAAUAUUUAAAUGUAGUCCGAAACGUUUCGUAAAAUUCAUUAUAGUGUGUAUCGCAGUGAUCGGACUAAUCAUAUACUUCCCACGAGAAAACAAACCCAAUCCUAAUGUGUAUAAAGUCAGACCAUUGGAUUAUGUAGACCCGGAUGUGCAAUUAAGACGAGACCCCGGAUUAAUCAUUUUGACUCCGAAACCAAAGACAUCUUUCAAGCCAACGAAGUACACAAAGUUGAAUAGUAUACGGUUCAAUCAUACAUGUAAAGCUCGUCUGAAAGUGGGUGGUUCUGAUGUAGCGAUAUGUGUUUACGGAAAGAAGUUAGACACUAUGGUGUCAUCGCACGUCAUAGAUCACAGCACGUGGGAGAAAAAACAGCUCGAGAUAAUGGGGAUGAUACUGAAUCAGAACAAAAACAUGCAAGUUGUGGAUAUAGGAUGUAAUAUUGGAAUUUAUACUCUUUUUGCUAGUAAAAUGGGACGCAGGGUGAUAGCAGUUGACCCACUUGAAUCAAAUCUUCAACUCCUACAAAAAUCUAUUGUGCUAGGUCAAUAUCAAGAUAAAGUGACCCUUGUACAUAAUGCCAUAUCUGACCAUCCAGAAAAGGUGAUAAUUGAUCUAAGAUUAGGCAAUAUUGGUGGUACCCACGUGAACCGCCUACCCGAUCCUUUAAAACCUCACAAAAGAGUAAAACGAUACAAAAGAUUGGUGAACAAAUCGAGAAAUAAACAAAAAGUAAAAAAAUCCGUACUUCAGCCACAAAAACGCAGUGGGAAUAAUAAAGAUCCACAUAAAAGCUUUCAAUUCAAAAUUCCAAACUUGCAGAAUGGACCUCAAAAUCAACAUAUGAAACCUAUUGCCCAUAAAUCUCACCAAGGAAACAAAGUUGCAUUGAAGAUAACUACCAAACCAAAUCUCCCAAAAAUUCUUAAACCUUUUAACACCAACGGUCACAACAAAAACAAUCUGUUACCAGGGAAACCAAUAGGAUCAAAACCAACAAUCAAACCAAUCAAUAAUCAUAAUUUUAAAAAUCCCGCCGCCAGUCUAAAGAUCAGAAAAGACAACCCCCAAAAUAUCAACCCUAAAAUUGCGAAAAAGGAAAGUAAGAAGAGCACCUUGGAUAACACUAGCGUAUUAAGACAAGACAGGACUUUAGUGCAAGCUGUAACAAUGGACGAUUUAGUGCAAUUGGGAUCCUUUCGUCCCACAUUCCUUAAAAUGGACAUUGAGGGUUGGGAAUAUCUAGCUUUACGUAAAGCAUCAAUAUUCCUACGCGAGUUUGAUGUGAGAUACAUUAUGAUGGAAUGGACUAAUUUACGGUGGAGUGGCAAUGGGAAAAAUUUGGUGGCAUAUUUAAUUAAGAACGGUUUUCUUCCUUAUAAAAAUGAUGACAAAGAUGAAUUUUUAGAUGUUCAAAACUCGUCAGCUUGGCCUGACAAUGUACUAUGGAGAAAAAGGUAG